UUUACGCGACCGCAUGGAGCCGGAGCUGUGGAUGUAGAAUGAGACUUAUUCCAAUGCUUUCUGGGGAAUAGUUGGUGAAACACGUUGUGAAGCGAACACAAGCCACCGUGCACACUUUGGAGAGAGCUACGAUGCGGGGCACUCUGGGCGCAUUCAUUCAGUCCUGUUUGAUACUGCUGGUCCGGGCAGACCAGUGGAGGCUGAAGGACUCCGCCAACUGCGAGCUGAACAAGAAACAAACUGACCUAAACUCCUUCCUGUGGACGAUCAAACGGGACCCUCCUUCAUAUUUCUACGGUACAAUCCAUGUUCCCUACACACGCGUUUGGGACUUCAUUCCCGAAAACUCCAAGCAGGCCUUCCAGGAGAGCAACAUCGUCUACUUUGAGCUGGACCUGACGGACCCUUACACAAUCUCAGCCCUGACCAGCUGUCAGCUGCUGCCUCAGGGCGAGAACCUACAGGAUGUCCUGCCCAGAGACAUCUAUCGGAGACUCAAGAGACACCUUGAGUAUGUCAAACUCAUGAUGCCUUCAUGGAUGACCCCAGAUCAGAGAGGGAAGGGACUCUAUGCGGACUACCUCUUCAACGCCAUCGCUGGGAACUGGGAGAGGAAGCGGCCCGUUUGGGUGAUGCUGAUGGUCAAUUCGUUAACAGAGGCAGAUAUUAAGACACGAGGGGUGCCCGUGCUGGACUUGUACCUGGCCCAGGAGGCGGAGCGGAUGAGGAAAAGGACGGGGGCAGUCGAGAAGGUGGAGGAACAGUGCCAUCCACUCAAUGGGCUCAACUUCUCCCAGGUGAUCUUUGCCCUGAACCAGACGUUACUACAGCAGGAGUCUUUGAGGGCCGGAAGCCUUCAGGUCCCCUACACCACCGAAGACCUCAUCAGACACUACAACUGUGGAGACCUCAACUCCAUCAUCUUCAAUCACGACACCUCACAGGUCCCUAACUUCAACAAUGUGACACUGCCACUCAGCGAGCAGGUGACCGCCCAGGAAAUAGACAGCUACUUUCGACAGGAACUCAUCUACAAGAGGAACGAGAGGAUGGGGAACAGGGUCAAGUCACUGCUAGAGAAUCACCCUGACAAGAGCUUCUUCUUCGCCUUUGGAGCAGGUCACUUUCUAGGCAACAAUACAGUCAUUGAUGUGCUUCGUCGCCAGGGAUACGAGGUGGAGCACACCCCUGCUGGGCAGCCCAUAAACAGGAGAGCAUCAUCUCCGGAGUCAGAAGACCUCUACGAUGAGUCCCCUCUUCUGGAGCCUUUCUUCCACGAGCUUCCCCACAAGGAGGACGAUCAGGGGCGUUCCUUGGACGACGAUCUGUUGCCCCACAUGCUGCUGCCAGCCGAUAGCCUGGAGAUGCUGGAGAAAGCGAAGCGGAAAAUGCUGAAGAAAAAGAGGAGGAACAAGCAGAAGAAACAGCGGCACCGGCAUUUCAACGACCUCUGGGUUCGCAUCGAGGAGAGACCUAUGGUCCAGUCUCCACCUCCCCCACUGGUUCGCAUCGUCAACGGUUACAUCACAGGGAAGCCGUCUCAUAGAGCCCACAGCCACAACAACCACCAUCACAUAUCUUCAGCAUCGAGCGCCUCCUCAUUCUCGCCAUCUUCACUUGCAUUCCUCUGUACAUUGCUUGCAGUGGUCCAAAAGAUAUGGACUGCGAUCCUCUUAUAGAGCGUUGGAUAGGACGCUUUAAAACAGUCAGCCAUCAUGAGAAUAAACUGUUGUCUCGUGGAAGGCGAGGUCUGAUCCUGCAGCGUUUGACCGAGAGGAGGCGGCAUAAGGGCUUGGUGACUCAGAAAAAGAAAGCGUGGAGAAAGGACGUGAAAUCGACUCUAGCUGUCAGGUAACAGUACACUCCAUGGGUGUUAGGUUAGAUCAAGUUUGUGUUGAAAGGUAAAUCAUGUCAGUAGAGCAUGUCUCUUACAAAUUGAGGCCUUGAUGAGCAUGUCAGUUCAUAUAACCUCAUGUUUUUUCAUUGGAUUAUUGGUUAUUUUACACACCAGAGGUGAGUACACAGGAGAGGAAUUUCAAAGCUGACAGAACUGAAGCGUUAUUGGACGUUCACUGACAUUACGCAACAUAUCGGUUCCCGUAAUGUUCAUGAUUCAAAGUUCAAACCUCGCAGAAUGUGAGAUCUCACUGACGCGACUGUUCUGUGAAUAAACAGGAGAACCAUCCUGAAACUAUUGCUGAAUAUCACAUAUCUUCAAUAAGUACAACUGGAACCAUAUGUUCGUGUGUGUGUGUGUGUGUGUGUGUGUGUGUGUGUGUGUGUGUGUGUGUGUGUGUGUGUGUUUUGGUGAGUGUGAAUGAGCGAGUGUGUGUCAGACAAACAAAGUCGAUCAGCUCUUAAACCCCCCCCGGCCUUACAGACAGAGGUUUUCCUCUCCAGAUGUUAAUUUAUUCUUCCAUUUUAGAAGAAUUUGUUUAAUGUUGCAUAAA